CCAGCUCGCGCGCUCGCGGAUGCAGCUAGCAGCAGAGAUCAGGCAGACGUUAUUUAAUAUCUAAGACCAUGGAGACCAGGACUGUAUGAGUUGCGGUGCCGCUGUUGUUCUGAAGCUGCGUAAACACUAGUUUUGGCGAACAUGGGUAGCACAGCCACGGAUGUAUCCUCUGUUAAAGUUGUUAUUAUUGGGGGUGGACUGGUUGGAGCACUGGAGGCUAUUUUUAUGGCCAGGCGGGGUUUCCAAGUGGAUUUGUACGAGUCCAGAGAAGACAUCCGCACCUCGGAGCGUGUGAUUGGGAGGAGCAUUAACCUGGCAUUGUCUGUCCGAGGGAGAGAAGCAUUGCGAUUGGUUGGAUUGGAAGACCAGAUUGUGAGUAGGGGUAUACCAAUGCAUGCCCGCCUUAUCCAUGACGUCUCCGGGAAGAAGUCAGCUCAACCCUACGGAAAAGAAGGCCAGUUCAUUUUGUCAGUGGACAGACGGCACUUGAAUGAAACGCUCCUGACCGAAGCUGAGAGGUUCCCAAACAUACGUCUGCAUUUUUCUCACAAGAUGGCACAGGCAGAUUUUGACAGUGGAGUCAUCUUCUUCACAGAUAAGGAUGGGUCAAAGGUCAAGGCAUGCCCGGACCUCACCAUUGGCUGCGAUGGGGCAUACUCCACCACACGACGUCAGAUGAUGCGCUGUGGGCGCAUUAAUUUCAGCCAGGAGUACAUACCGCAUGGAUACAUGGAGCUGAGCAUGCCGCCCAAAGACGGCAAGUUUGCCGACAAGGAAAACUAUUUGCACAUCUGGCCGAGGCAUGAGUUCAUGAUGAUCGCCCUGCCCAACCAAGACUGCACGUUUACCUGCACGCUCUUCAUGCCAUUCCAAAACUUUGAGGAGGUCAACGCUGCUGGGGGACAAGCUCCCUUGGACUUCUUCCGGAAGUACUUCCCAGACGCAAUCCCGCUGAUUGGGGAGGAGGCCAUCUUAACAACUUUUGAGGAGAGGCAGGGCCUUCCCAUGGUGUCAGUCAAAUGUUCUCCUUACAACUAUAAGGACAAGGUGGUGAUUCUUGGUGAUGCGGCGCAUGCCAUGGUGCCAUUUUACGGCCAGGGAAUGAACUGUGGGUUUGAAGAUUGCAUUGUCUUCAAUGAGUUCUUAGACAAGUUCAGCAAUGAUUUUGCCAAGGCCUUGCCUGCUUACAGUGAACAUCGUAACCCUGAUGCCAAAGCUAUGUGCGACCUAGCUAUGUACAAUUACAUUGAGAUGAGAUCCUUGGUGAACUCCCGCUGGUUCCUAUUCCGGAAGCGAGUGGACCAAUUUUUGAACUGGCUGAUGCCAAACAAAUACAUUCCCCUCUACACCAUGGUGACAUUCAGUCGAAUACGAUACCACAGUGUCAUACAGCAGUGGAAGAAACAGAAUACGGUUGUCAGUAAUGGGCUGCUCUGUCUUCUGUGCCUACCUGCCAUCAUUGCUGGAGUGAUCAUGUUGAAACACCUCAAGCCGGACAUAUUCAGCUGGUUGAAAAUCAUGGGAAAAGGCUGAAUUAUUUCACAGAUCGUAUUUUCUCUGUGGCCACCGUUUUCAAACACCUUGCCACUGGUUAGGUGCACUGUAAACCAAGAGCCAUUCUUGAGUCAGUACAUGUAUUCACAUAAUGAAUGUGUAUGAAUGCAGUGGUAAGAAUGUCAUGAGAUGACAGAUGGAAUGUUCCAUUCCCGCAGCAAAGCUGUGUGGAAUGGAACAUUCCAUUUGUCACAGAAUGAAAUAAUUCCUUCCAAUUUAACAAUGUGAAACAUUUGUUGCUAGUUUUAUACAACACCUGAGUUAGUGUAAAAUAAAUCUUGGCAUCAUGUGAAUACAUGUAAAUCUCUGUAUGAUCCGAGUGGUCAAAAAUUUCUUGUGACCUUAAAUCUUCUUUGUACCUUCGAUGAAACUUCUAAUAUGGCAGUACAGCCGUGCCAUGCAUUUGGACAAAUAAUUCAAAUGGCAUAGAUUGACAACCCCGCAAUCAGAUUGCAGGGAUUUGUUCUAGCAUUUGUAAAAAGUUGACAACCUAUUUUCAAGUUUUUUUUAAUAAAUAUUAGUUACACUCUCAAAAGUUCUUUACUCUUGUAGUAUUAUGUAAAUAUGAACGUGUCUUAUUCCAGCAACUACCUGCCAAGUUUCACUUACUGGCACACAGGAAUUGGUGCAAGCGUUUCAGGGCAAAUAGUGGCCCUGUGGGAAUGGAAGAAUUAAAAAACAUUGCUUUUAGUGACACUGUGCAGGCUGUGUGCCUUUCUCAACCAUUUAUAUAUUUGUAUACUGGUACGGCGUAAGUCUGCAAGAACUUGCUGUGAAUCCUGUGAUCUUCCACUGAUGUCUGAAGCUCUGAGGAUUAGUAACUGAAUGAGUCAAAACAUAUGAAUGGGAACUUGUCCUAAAAUAGUGCGAUUUAGCAACAGGGUCUUAUGUCCAGAGAAUUGAUAGUAUUACGUACUGAUGAAUUAAUUUUGGAGUUUUUUGCCCUUCCCGACGUGCAUUUUAACACUGUAUGCUCAGUGUAUGCCCCCGAAGGCU